AUUUGAAUAAAAUAUAAAAUCAAUAAACCUGGUUUCAUUUCAUACUUGGCUAUUUGUUCAUAUAUAGAUGAGCCAUAUUUACCCAAUUAAACAAGCCCAUAGUAGCAAGAGCAACCACAACAAUGUCCAAUAACCAACAUGAUUGGCCCGAGCCCAUAGUCCGGGUUCAGUCCUUAUCCCAAAGUUGCAUAGAUUCCAUUCCUGAAAGAUAUAUCAAACCCUCUACCGAUAGGCCAUCCAUAAGCUCCUGUAAUUUUGAUGAUGCCAACAUACCAAUCAUCGAUCUUGGAGGUCUAUAUGGUACUGACCCACAUGCCCGAACCUCAAUCCAUAGGCAAAUUUCCGAAGCUUGCAAAGAGUGGGGUUUUUUCCAAAUCAUAAACCAUGGUGUUAGCCCCGAUUUGAUGGACAAGGCUAGGGAAACUUGGCGCCAAUUUUUUCACUUGCCCAUGGAAGUGAAGCAACAAUAUGCAAACUCCCCAAAAACUUAUGAAGGUUAUGGAAGCAGACUUGGAGUUGAGAAAGGUGCUAUUCUUGAUUGGAGUGAUUAUUACUAUCUUCACUAUCUUCCCUUGUCACUCAAGGACUACAACAAAUGGCCUUCUUUCCCUCCCUCUUCCAGGGAAGUGUUUGAUGAGUAUGGGAGAGAGGUGGUGAAGCUAGGGGGGAGGUUGAUGAAGGUUUUGUCCAUAAACCUUGGAUUGGAUGAGGAAGUUCUCCAAAAUUGUUUUGGGGGUGAAGACAUAGGAGCAUGUCUAAGAGUGAAUUUUUACCCAAAGUGUCCUAAGCCAGAGUUAACGUUGGGUUUGUCAUCACACUCAGACCCAGGAGGCAUGACUAUGUUGCUCCCGGAUGAUCAAGUUCCUGGUCUUCAAGUUCGCAAACACGAUCAUUGGAUUACUGUAAAACCUGCUCGCCACGCCUUCAUCGUCAACAUCGGUGACCAAAUUCAGGUUCUGAGCAAUGCAUUGUACAAGAGUGUGGAGCACAGAGUGAUAGUAAAUUCAGAUAAAGAGAGAGUUUCCUUAGCCUUUUUCUACAAUCCCAAAAGUGAUAUACCAAUAGAGCCAAUAAAAGAGCUUGUAACACAGGAUAGGCCUGCACUCUAUCCCUCAAUGACCUUCGAUGAAUACAGGCUCUUCAUUAGAAUGAGAGGACCUCGUGGCAAAUCUCAAGUUGAAUCUUUGAAGUCUCCAAGAUGAUGAUCAUCAAUAUUGCUCAAGAGAUCAAUUUCUUGCUUACAUGCAUUCCAAGUCCAUUUCAAACACUACCUCACAUCGAUAUACAUGCAUAUAGUUAAUUGUAAUUUGUAAAUCUUGUAAUCAGAUCGGGAUGUGUUUUCACAAAAUUGCAAUUGAGCCAUAGAGGGUAAGAUAUAGAGAUUGGAUAUGUAGAUAUGAAAUUGGUUGGAAAAGCUUUCUUCUUUGGUCUCUAGUGGUGGCUAAUUUUGAUGGGCCACCCCAAUAUUCUUCCAAGUUGUGUAAUUAAAUAAUUCUGUGGUUAUUAUGUCCCGACUUUCCCACCCAUGAUUGAUGAUUGUGUUCAUAAUUUGUACACUAAUUUUAUUACAGUAGACUCUAGAUAUCAUCAUCCCUACCAUAUUAAAUAUAGACUGCUUGAUAAAGACCCAUGUCAAAUCCAUAUUGUAUUACGAAAGUAAUUAUUGAAUUCCACUCCUUUUCUUUG